AUGCGUUUCGCCGCCCUCGCCGCCCUUGCCCUCAUCCCCGCCGCGCAGGCUGCGAUUACCAUCCUUGGGCCGUCUCCGUCCGAGUACUGGGUUCAGUAUACCACCAACACCAUUACUUGGACUUAUGCAUCCGGUGACCCCAACCCGAUCAACAUUGAUGUCUUUAACACACACAACACGACCCUCAACGGUAAUUUCUCCAUCGCGUCUUACGUGAAUGUGUCCCAGCAAUCAUUCACCGUCACCAACGUGACCCUCGUUACUGGGGGUGACUACGCAAUCCGCUUCAUAAGCCCGACGAACUCGAGCAUGGUCUACGCCACUAGCCAGCUCUUCUCCGUCAUGGCCCCGGGCACCGCACCCGCUCCUACAACCAGCGCGAGUUCUUCCGCGUCGAGCACCGCUAGCGGAUCCUCUUCCUCCAGUACUUCUACGACUAGUGCUGGCUCGGGCCAGAAGUCAAGCGCUAUUCGCGCUGUGGGCUUGGAGUCCGCGCAGACAGCCUUUGGCAUAAUUGCAGCAUGCGGCGUUGCGUCCCUAUCAGCUCUGCUUCUCUGA